UACAUAAAUAUCGAAAUAAUAAUUCAGCAACAAGGCACAUGUAUGUAAAAUGUUUGCGGAGUUUAAUCACUUUAUCUGAUGAUUUUGUUCUCUGAAAAAGUGUUAUUUUCCGAUCCAGCGUUUAAUUGUAGUAAAAUGGCGGAGGCCAGUCUCCUGGUUUACAUCAACUAUUACAAAUUAUGACAACAUUUCGAGAAAUCUGCGUGCUUGUAAGCACCAGAAAUGAUAUAUUAAAUUGAUUUUAGCAGGCUUGAAAAAUGGCAAAUCAAUCUGAAGGAGGAAUGAAAGCAGAGGGUCAGGAUUUUUCUCCAGCAGCUGCAGCAAGCAAAUCAAGGCCAUCAUCAGGUAAUCUGCCCGUUCCCAAUGGGCAGCAGUCAACUGGGGCCAAAGACGAUGGUCCCCAUCAUGAGGUUCCAGUGAUUCGAAAUGGGGCUUCUGGUCACCAUUUGGCUGUUUCUUAUGAAACAACACACCAGCUGCAAUUGUGCCCAAGUGUUUCUAGACACAGAGCAGAGCAUAAUCAUGGAUUUCAUUCCAGGGAACUUCGAUGCCUUCCUGAUGGGGUUCAAACUGUUUAUGCAAAUGGGAUCAGCUCAAGCCAUAGCAAUUGGAGUCUGGAUGAUGAUGAGGUUAGACAAAGUGCCCUUAAUGGAGAAGCUUGUGUUCGACCUAAAGAAAGAUGUGAAAAAACUGUCAAAGCUAAAAAGAGCAAGAGACGCUGGUGGAAGGAGGAGAAGCAAGAUCUGGGGUCAAGUGUUGCUCAGAAAUUGAGUCUUGCAGACAGUGGGGGAAAUGAGUGCAUCAGAAGUACUCCUAGCAAAGCAGAAUGCACUUGUAAUGAUGACAGUGACAAGACAGAUAUUAUCAGGAGCAAUGUCCUGACAAGUCCAGCCCCUUGCAGAUGUCAACAAACACCAUGCGGUGGGUUAGCUCACAGCUCUGAACAGGUUUUGCUGCACAAAACAGCUGCCAGUUCCAGAAUCAGUCCAUGUUAUCACUGUGAUCAUAGGUCCGAUCAUGACUCUCCAGCCAUCCCACGAAGAGAGGAUGGUAGUGAUCUCUUGGACUUGGUGGAUGAGGGUGCAGUCUGUGAUUUUGAUAAAAAUGUUCCAGUAGAAGAGAAUUCUUUCUUUCCAUUUUUAGAGGACACUAGUAUCCCGCCAAAUUCAUCAGAAACUAAUAAUGAUAGUUACUAUCAGAAUGGUCAUGUCUUAAAUAGGAAUACUAAUGACAGGGGACAGCUACACCAAUUGCGAAGAGCUGAGCAGUAUUUCCCAGUUCAUCAUCAGUAUGGCUCAUCUAGUGAUGCUGAGAGUGAUGGUGAUCAUGAAUCAGUUCUUAAUGUAGUAGAGGGUGUUGUUGGGCGGUGGGCAGAGCGAAGACAGCAGCUAGACACAAGCGAAGAUAAUGGAGAUUUUAUUGAUGCUGACCUGCCUGCCAUAUCUAGUCGCUUGCUGUCCAGUUCUGCUGGCUCAGCCUCUUUGUCUUCAAGCAAUGGGGAUGCUUUGGAAUCCCAAGGUGCAUGUUCAGGAUUUUCUGUAGGUGAAAUGUCUUCCAGACAUGAGAACAAUUUAUCAGGAGGCUCAGACAAGGAGCUUAACCACCAAAAUGAUUCACCUGUUGUCUUUGCCAUGGGCAGCACAACCACCUUCCCAAGUACAAGCCAGGACACAGAUUUCGAUGCAAUCACUGAUAACGUUUUGACUCCCAAAACAGAAUCUUCAGAUGGAGUAUUUGGAAACAGCAGUGAGAGUGAGAAUGAGGAGGAGCUCAGUGACAUACCUGUUGUCCAGGGACAUAAUCGGGGGCAGGCAGCACUGGAAGGAGCUGGGGUGGCCGAAGCCCAGAUGUGUCCUCAUUCGCGUCAGCUUGUUUUGGAGCAGCUGUCGCUUGGUGCAGAGGGUGUAGAUUUGUUUUUUGAUCGACAUUGCUGCCUGCAAGGUAACGCUUGGCAUCCAGGCCAUGUUGCCAGCAGCCUGCCACCUUCAUGUCUUGCUGGGCAAAGUGCUGCACGCCAUGGCUCCUGUCCCAACCUGCAUGAACUGCCGGAAGAGGUGGAGGCAGGCGGGGCUUGUGCACCCCCAGUCAAUAAUCUCAGUCGCCUUCACCCUUGCAGCACAGGGUCGCGAGGGAUGGAGCCAGUGGCAAAUGGUUUUGAUGAUGUAGCCCCAUCUAAUUUUAUCAAUGACCAGAGUAAUCAACAGCAAAAAGUGUUUGUGAAAUUUCCAAUUGUUCAGGAGGGCCAUGACCUUGAAUGUGGGUCUGGUGCAGGUCAAGUGGAGAUCAAAUGUGAGAAUGACAACAUUCUGUAUCCUUGUCCUAUUCCACCUGUAUUAAGUCACAGACAUAACACAGGUGAGAAGGGAGAUGAACUGGACCCAGCUGUUGGGCAGGUGUGUCUAGGGCCCAACCUAGAAUCUUUUGAAAUGUUCUUGCACGAUCAUGACUCUACAAAAGAAGAACCAUGGCAGGCCAACUCGGAGUCAGGGGUGUCAGAACCAAUCUAUGAAGAGAUUUGCGAGUACCCUUGCCAUGGUCGUGACUGUUCUGUCCCCUGCAUCCAUAAUACCUUCAAGUUCAGUAUGGUUAAAAAAGGCGGAAAAGAUGUGAGAAAGAAAAAAAUUGUAUGUCGACCAAUCGAAAAUGGAUCAGAUGUAACAACUGUGGACAGAAUAAUGAUCUGGAAUGAGUAUGAAGCAUACCUGUUGCAGGUCAAGCAGAUUGGAAUGUCUGCCUGCGGUCAGACAGCUGUGCUUAACCUCCUGAAAGCAUUUGACCUGCCAGCCGAAAAAGAUGAUGUGUGUCGGGAAAUCCAUGUCAACCUAAGAAAAGAGAAAGCGUCAAUAGCCGAGUAUCUGGCAUCUCGUGCUGUUGCAGGCACCACAGCAGAGGAUCUUUUGUCAGGAGUGGAGAGAUUAACAAAAGGAGAAGUCCGUGGGCGUUUCUUUCAUUUCUGGCCUCCAAGACAUGUGCAGUUGUUGUCUUGGCUUUCUCACUGGAUGAAGAAGGGAGCUGUACCUAUUGCUACUCUUAACCUUCAGCUGGGUGUAACUUGGCAACAGAUUCCUGAUGCCUGGCAUCACCAAAUGGUCUAUGGGGUGGGAUCACGAGGUGUGUACCUCACCAACCCCUUGGAGAUAGUCUGUGAAGACACUUUAAUGGAGCAGCUGACCAGUGACUCAGUGCUCCUGGUGCGUCGACAGGAUGUUGUCAGCCGUUUUCAGCCGUCAGUCAGUCUUGCACCACUCAUAGCUCAUGCUGAUCCCCGUUGGUGCACCAUGAAUGUUCUAGGUCAAGUGGUCAAUGUUCUUCGAGAACACAAUAUGCCAAGUGUACCUGGCUAUCGUGCCCAACUAACGUCUCACAUUCGCAUCCCAGCAGUAUAUCGAGCAGGCAUUACCCUUUAUGUGCGCCAUAACUCCAGUGCCUGGAAAGCUCUGAGAGAUGCUUGUGAUCUGCCUCUCAAGACCACUAGCCAAGACGCUGAGCACUGAACCCCUGCUGGCAUCACUGCAAGUGAAGUAGAUGCACAGAAGGCAACAGAUCAGAUGAUACUUGCAGGUAUCUCUGAAUCAAAAUCUCUCUGACGAAAACUGGCAAUCUCACCAUAGGUGUGCUGACCUGCUAAUGUAUAUGUGUGUAAAUACAUGCACGUGUGUGUGCGUGUGCGCAUACAAAAGGAAAACCAACAGAUUGAGAUUUUUAUCCAGUUUUGACUUGUUUCUGUGGAUGGUAGCAUGCGGUUGAUUUUGAUACUAGCAUUACAUGUCACAGUACUCAGAGCUGGUCAGGUUUUGAUAAAGGCUCACGUCUGAUUUUGUUGAAAAUCCAGUUAUCGGUACAGAUAUUUCACUGGAUGUUUUUAUGUGCACAUGUACAAUUUUUAGAGCAAAUUUGCAUAAUGUGUGUGCGUGCAUGUCUGUGUGUACAUGCAUGUGUUCCUUCUUGCACACAAAUGCAUGGUGUAAAUGUGUGCUUACAUAUGUGUGUAUUUAUACAAAUACAUGCAGUUUGUUCAGUGGAAACCUACGUGUAACAGAUUUGGGUUUGUUCUCCCGUACCCAUACAACAUGCCUUCUUGUGAGUGAAAAGCAAUUUUUUUUUUAAAGGUAAUGCUAAAACCUAUCGGCAGAUUUGAAGAUGGCAUUUCUAGAGUAUUCUCUAGAUAGAUGUACGUGUUAAGAAAAGUAGAUGUCUGAACAGUGAGUCAGAUCAUUGGUUCAGUGGGUUUUAAAAAAACUUUUAUGGUUGUAUGAAUUGUAUUUGUGGUGUCCAUUACUGAAGAACUAUGAAAAGGCAGGUAUGGUGGCUUUGUCAUGAUUCUUUGGCAGUUUGCUUCUUGGUUUUCCAGAGAUGCUUAUUGCACAAGCAUUAAAUUUUUAUUCCAAAAACAUAAAUUUCUUGACAUCCAUUCCUAAAAAUUGGCAUGAAAAUUACAUUUGUAAAAGACUUUUUCACUAGUAUUUUUAUUUCUUAGAGAACCCCUAAUUUUAUUGUUGUCUAAAUAUAUCUCAUAAAUUUCAUCAUACUUAUUGUUUUGCAAGUCCCUUUAGAUCAGUGAUGCCCAACCUUUUUCGGCCUGCGGGCCAUAUCCAUUUCGGACAGCCGUGUCGCGGGCCACUUCACCGCAAAAAUACAAAAAAGAAAAAAAAAAAGAACAGAUACCAUUUUUAUU